CACGCCUCCGUCAUCGCUGCGGAUCCGACCUCCCUUUUCGCCUUCCAUCGGCGCGCACCACGAGACCGCCGAGCCCGUACACAACCUCCUCCGACUGCCCUGACAGGGUCCCCGACUACCUGCGCCAUCGUUUACCUCUCGAGUUCUGCUCUCCCUGAGCCGUCUUGUGUUGACGUCCCUGCCAGAGCGGCGGUCGGUAGGCCAGCGCCUCUAUUAUGGCACAGGUCGCCGCGCCUGCCAACGACCGCAAGCGCGUAAAAGUCUAUGAGCUGAAGAAUAAUGACUGGUUCGAUCGGGGCACCGGCUUCUGCAGAGGCAUCAUCGUGAAUCAAGACGAGGCCAGAAUCAUCGUCAACUCGGAAGAUGAACCCACGCGGCAAUUGCUGGAAACCACGAUAUCCAAGGAUGACGGGUAUCAGAAGCAGCAAGAGACACUCAUCGUCUGGACGGAUCGCAAUGGCACCGACAUGGCUCUGAGCUUUCAAGAGCCUGAAGGAUGCGCCGCAAUAUGGGACUUCGUAAACGAGGUACAAGCGCGGCUUCAGAUGAUGGCGCAUGAUGACGGCCUCUCCGAUGAAAACGAUCAACAUGAAGGCUCCAUCAUGCUCCCCAUGCCAGACCUGGGGAACCUGGCCGAGGUCGAAAACCACAUGCGCGCAGCCAACCAGACGCCGGCCGGCCGCGAGGCCCUCGCCAAAUUCGUGCUGUCGGAAAACUACAUCAGCAAGCUAAUACCACUUGUUGAAAUGGCCGAGGACCUGGAGAGCAUCGAUGACCUGCAUCGGCUAUGUAGCAUCAUGAAAAUCCUGAUUCUGCUCAACGACAAUGCCAUAGUCGAGUAUGUCGUUACCGAUGAUGUCAUAUUAGGCGUUGUCGGUGCUCUCGAAUACGAUCCCGACUUUCCAUUGCACAAGGCCAAUCAUCGCCAAUACCUCUCCAAUGAUCGCUUCAAAGAAGUCGUCAAGAUUGAAGACCCCAACAUCAAGAAGAAGAUCCACUAUACAUAUCGCCUGCAGUACCUCAAGGAUGUCGUACUGGCCCGUAUCCUGGACGACCCCACUUAUUCGGUCCUGAACUCCCUCAUUUUCUUCCACCAAGUCGACAUUGUUCAGCAUUUACAGUCUGAUAGCGCGUAUCUGAAAGAGUUGUUUGGCAUCUUCAGCGGAAAGGAACAGAAUCAGCAGAGACAGAAGGACGCGGUUCAGCUCAUACAGCAAUGCUGUAACGUCGGGAAAUCUCUGCAGGCCAGCAUCAGGGGCGGCCUGUAUCAAAACUUCAUCAAUCACGGACUUCUCGAUGUGCUGCAAUUUGCACUGAAGCAUAACGAUGUUACAGUGCGGGUGGCGGGAGCAGACGUGUUACUCUCCUUGAUCGACCAUGACGGAAUGAUGGUACGAGGUUAUAUUUUCAAGGCCUUACAGGAACAGAAAAAACCACUCACGGACACUCUGAUUGAGCUUCUCCUCGUGGAGGUUGAUAUGGGGGUCAAGUCGAACUUGGGGGAUGCAGUCAAGAUCCUGUUGGACCCGAGUGCCCUGAGCGCAUCUUUUGACACGCUCACCCGAACGAAUAGCGAAUUCUCUGCGAGGAUGCGUGGCAUUGGGUUACCUCACAACGAUUCCUUUGUCCAACGAUACUACCAGGAGUCGACCAGAAAACUCUUCCAGCCCCUGAAGAAUUUGGAGGGAAGGGAGUCGAUGGACAAUCUUUCCACUUCAGAAGUCACCCUCUUCAUCUACUUGGUCGACGUUCUCUGCUACUUUCUUCGCCAGCACUACUCGCGAAGCAAGUAUAUCAUCAUAACAGAAGUAUUGGGCGCUCGCGUCGCUCAGCUCCUGAGGUGCCCCCAGCAGAUUCUCAGGCUAGGCGCGCUCAAGUUCUUCCGAGCAUGUCUUAACCUGAAUGACGAUUAUCUCCACCGACAGAUGAUCAGCCAAGACGUUUUCGAACCGAUCCUUCAGAUAGUUUUCGAUACAAUGCCGCGCGACAACCUACUCAACUCGGCGUGCCUUGAAUUCUUCGAGACAAUCAAGAGAGAAAGCGUUCUGAAGGAAUUGCUCAAGCACGUGGUUACUACGUAUCGGGACAGACUGGAGGCCAUCACAUACGUCGAUACGUUCAAAGAUCUGAUACUGCGGUACGAACAGCGGCAGGAACCUGUGUCAACGCAGGAAGUGGAUCAUUCAUUUACCAGCGUCGAAAGCGACACCCCGAGUCGGACCGUCAACAUUCCGAGUGGCGUGAGAUGGGGCCAGGCGCUGAGAGACCCCGAUGCAGAUGAAGAGGCCUACUUCAACGGGUCGGAUGAGGAUGACGACGGCUUGCCGAGUGGGCCAAAGAGCAAUGGAGCAUCCCCCGUUCGGCCCUUGGUCAACUACCCCGAUGACGACGGCGAAGAAGACGAGAUGGACAUACUAACAACCAGCGCGCCGUCUGCCUCUCCUCUCCGAGCGAUACGCGCCCAGACACACAGCAACCAACGACACCACCGACGCGAAUCUCAGACAGGCGAAGGAAAGAAGAGGAAGAAGAAGACGAACUGAUUGCUAGUAUAUCCAGCUCCGGUACCAAACGCAAGCUACCGCAGCAAGAAACCUCUGCGGCAGGCUUACAGAAGCUUCGGCGGAAGAACUCGAUGUCCAACGCAA